AAAAAUGAUUAAUCUUAUUUGCUCCUCCUGUCAAAAAAAGUUAACUACGGCCUUGUUUACGGACACUUGUACACCUGUGAGGUCCCUUGACAGUCAAUCGUAAACUCGAUGACAGCGCCAUGAUCGCUAAGGAGCUUGGACCAUAAGAUGUCACGUGAUUCACCUUCACCUUGUUUACCACCGACGAGACGGUUACCUUCGAACGUAUUUGAGCUUUUUGUGGAUGUGGAUGUGUGUUCAAGAUCAUCUACUGCUGCUAUGGCUGCUAAUUCCGGGUUUGUUGAAAACUGGCAGAGUGGGAGGAAUGUAGCAGAAAGCAAUCUCCACAUGCUGAAAACAGAGAAAUACUGUGACGUCCACUUCCGGGUUGGCAAACAGGAGACGCCCAUUCGAGCUCACAGCUACGUGCUCAUCAGUCGCAGCUGUGUGUUUGAAGCCAUGUUGCGUGGCCCUCUGGCAGAGAGAGACGUCAUCAGGAUAUCAGAUGUAGAUGCAGACACAUUCUCCGAGAUGUUAACGUUCUUGUAUACAAACGACGUUCAUCUGACACUGGAGAACGUGACUGGGUUGCUGUACCUGGCCAAGAAGUACGCUGUGAGGGGUCUAGAGACUCUGUGCCUCACCUACUUAGAGGAGUGUCUGACACCUGAAAAUGCGUGCCUCAUCCUCGAGCAUGCGCACAGGUUUGACGAAAAGGAUCUCUACGACAAAGCAUUCGAUCGUGUUAUUGCGUUUGGUGACGUCUCCUUUGGAUAUGAAAGCUUCACACAGUUGUGUCAUGACUGCUUUGACAAAGUCAUCCUGGUUGACGAGCUUUCUAUCAAAGCUGAAAACGUGUACCAGUCUGCCAUGGCAUGGGUGGAGGCCGAAUGUGGCCGAAAAGGAAGGGAGAUCACUCCCAAGAACCUCAGAUCGAUCUUGGGUGAAACAGUCUACGGGAUUCCCUUUAUCAGUAUGGAGAAGGACUAUUACGUUGACAACGUUGUGCCAAGGGGGAUUUUGACAGAUGCGGAAAACGUAAAAAUUAUGUCAUGUUUACUGUGUCCUGAGAAAGACCCGUCUCCAUUCAUCCGGAGAUCUGCUAAACCAACUCACAGCGUUAUGUUUUAUAAAGACCACCGGAAGAUGCCCCAGACAAGGAAGCGGUCAUUUUGGGGAAGAACUGAUGUUUCCUGUUCCCACGACGGCAUUUUGUAUGGCGUCUCCUUAUAUGGACACGACCAGAAUAAAGAAAUAGUCUAUCACAUCAGAAUCUGUGAUCGGGCAGCAGACUUUAUGGACGUUAAACGCGAGACAGUUUUUUCAGCCAAGACAGAACCAUCGGGAAAGCAUAACAUUUUCCAAUACUGGCUUCGUGAACCCCGAUUUUUCAAGCGAAAUACCCAGUAUUUCAUAUACGUCGAAAUGGAAGGAGGUGCUCCUACACAUGAAGGGGAUCCAAGAGACGUUGUUGAGAGUAUAGCGGUGGAGCAAUGUACCGUCCACAAGCUGGGUGAUAUAGUGUAUUCCAGCGGCCACAUAAACAUAACCCACGGCUUGGUAAUUGGUAUAUGAAAUAAACACUCGUGAUAACCAAGAACAAAGAUGGGAGGCGAAAUUCAAUGCUAUAUUAGUGUAAUCGCCUGGAAUUUUAGAAAAGUUAUACGAGGCUAGACAUGAGAUAUUGUGAACGAACGGAUCAGUGUCCAGUGAAACCUUUUGGAUUAACGAGAGUCCCGAGUGAAGAAUUAUUGUCCUUUAUCAAUGCAUUGACUCAGAAUAGGGUGCUUCUGGAUUAAGGGGGUUUUGUAGGAGUGGUGGGCCUAAUUUCUGGGCUUCCUCUUUGUUUUAAUGCUUGAUUCUCAUGUUAUACACAGGAUUAAGAUGUCAUUACGAAAUUGUUUAGCUUUGCGUCUGUGAUAAAGAAAUUAAUCACAA